GAGAGCGGGGGGACCAUGGACUUGAUCAGCAUCCAGCAGUUGGUAAGUGGAGAGAGAGGUGAAAGGAAAGAACUGGGACGUGGACAUAGAGUUCCUGAUCCUGGAGGUGGGUGCACCUGGAGGCUGGGGCCCCAGGAGGCUGAGGCCCAGGAGAGGCGGAAACUGGAGGAAGAGAAGAGGAGCAGACUUGAAAGAUUUAACAGUUCCAGAAUUAACUUGGAGAACCUGGCUGACUUGGAAAAGUUGGUUCAAAGACGGAGAGAAAAGCGACUAAAACGCAGAGUCCCCCCCAGGGCACCUGAGCCUGAGGUCAAGCCGCAGCCUGAAGCCCCGCUGGAGCCCGUGGACCUGGAGGUGUUCCUGAAGGCAGCUGCUGAGAACCAGGAAGCCCUGAUUGACAAGUACCUGGCAGAUGGAGGGGACCCCAAUGCCCACGACCAGCUCCACCGCACAGCCCUGCACUGGGCCUGCCUGAAGGGUCACGGCCAGCUUGUGAAUAAGCUUUUGGAGGCGGGGGCCACUGUGGACGCUCGGGACUUGCUGGACAGGACCCCUGUGUUCUGGGCCUGCCGCCGAGGGCACCUGGACAUCCUCAAGCAGCUGCUUAACCGAGGUGCCCGGGUCAAUGCCCGGGACAAGAUCUGGAGCACGCCCCUGCAUGUGGCCGUGCGCACAGGUCACUGCGACUGCCUGGAGCACCUCAUUGCCUGUGGAGCCCAUAUUGACGCGCAGGACAAGGAAGGGGACACGGCUCUACAUGAGGCCGUGCGGCACGGCCGCUACAAAGCCAUGAAGGUGCUGCUGCUCUAUGGAGCCAAGCUGGGUGUACAGAAUGGGGCUUCAGUGACCCCAGUGCAGCUGGCCAGGGACUGGCAGCGGGGCAUCCAGGAAGCACUGCAGGCCCACAUCGGGCACCCCCGUACCCGGUGCUGAUGACGGACCUGCGGGUCACUCGGCCACAUUCCAUCCCCUUCACCUCCCACCCCUGUGCCACUCAUGCAUCUGGUCUCACC